AUGGCCUUCAGUUUCGGAUUCUCGGGGGAUGAUAUCGACAUUGACGAUUCAGAGAUCAAUCAAGAUUUCUCGGAUGUGCCUUCUCAGCAAGCCGUGGGCAAUUCUCUUCCUGAGCUCGUGAAAGCGAGUAAACAUGAUAUGAAUGAAUGGCUUUCAAUUCUUCCCUCUCAAAUCUUCUACAAUAAGCUCGCAAUCAGCGAUACGCCUCUGGCCGUCGCUCGUCGAGAGAUCUUUGACAUUCGCACCCAGCUCAUGGCCGAAGACAGCGCAGGCCACGAUAAUGAAGAGCUUAUUGCCGGUAUUGAAAAAGGCGACAUCACGCCCAAUUUCUAUGAAGGCGGCUUCAAAACUUGGGAAUGUGCCUUGGAUCUAGCCAAGCUCUCCCUCAAUGAGGACAUUCUUAACGAAUCCUCCGAUAGCCCGGCGGACAUCCAUAUUAUUGAGCUCGGCGCAGGCACAGCAGUUCCAUCAUUGACACUGUUCGCCCGUCUUCUUAGCCAAGCCCAGCCCGGCCAGAGCCAAAUAAAGACACUCUUUACUUUUGCAGACUACAACUCUGACGUGCUCCGUCUUGUCACGCUCCCGAAUCUCCUUUUGACGUGGCACAAUAGCCGCCCUCAAACCGCUGUUUCAGCCGUGUCAACUGCACGAGGGCAAGACGAAGAGCUGGAUAUCACGCCUGAGCUGGUUCAAGAAUUCAAAGAUGAUCUUACUCAGCGUGGGAUCUCGGUUGAUUUCAUUUCAGGCGCUUGGUCGCCCGAGUUUGUGGAUUUGGUCUUCUCGUCCGGUGAUAAUGCUCGCAAGACUCUAGUUCUUGCUAGUGAGACCAUUUACUCACCCGCAUCGCUGGCUGCGUUUUCCGAGACGCUUUUGGCGCUGCUGCGCCGCUCGAACACUGCUUCGGUGAAAAGUCGGGCUCUCGUCGCGGCGAAGAAGGUUUAUUUCGGAGUUGGUGGUGGCGUUGAUGAGUUCCUUGCCGUGCUCGAUACUGUCUCUGCCAAUGAGCUGGAUGUGCAGCAUAAAUUGGACGUCCAAUCUGAGGGUGUGGGCAGAGUAGUUUUGGAGGUUGUACCGUCAAGCGGGCCUUAG